AUGGAGAAAUAAAGGAUGGUGCUUUGGAUGUGACGAGACAACACAAGURUCCUGUAGGUGGUCCAGACCCAGGAGCAGAUCUUUCGGGUUACAUCGAGAUGAAUGACAACCUAAGUAUGGAAGAGAAUGGUGUUGAACACUUGGGUUCUGAGGACCUGCCACAGUCCAGGGAAUAUCUCACACUACCAUCGCCUGGACACACUUCCUCCUCAGAGAGUACUGUAACUUCAAGUGAUUCUGGAUCAGACGUUUUGAAUAUGGCUUCUGGUGGCCUUGACUGUAAAUCACUCUGUGAGAAAGAGGAGGCAACAAGACCAGUGUCUUCCAUGACAGAGAUCCAAGGCACCAGUCCAGAUCCUGAGAACAUUGUAUGUCAAGACACUAUGAGUAAGGAUAAAGCCAUACCAAAUCUGGAAGCCAAAGAGGAACCCAAAACAAUAGAAGAGCAUAGAAAAGAAUGUGCUUCAGGAGAAUCUGGGAUUUCCCCUAUUCCAGUAACUACCGCGAAAUCGGUUAACUUCAGACAAAGUGAAAACACGUCUGCUAAUGAGAAGGAAGUGGAGGCGGAAUUUCUCAGAUUAUCUUUGGGAUUUAAAUGUGACUGGUUUACAUUAGAGAAAAGAGUGAAGCUUGAAGAGAGAUCCCGGGACUUGGCAGAAGACAAUUUGAAGAAAGAAAUCACUAACUGUUUAAAGCUCUUGGAGUCUUUAACACCUCUGUGUGAAGAGGACAACCAGGCCCAGGAAGUCAUUAAGAAGCUGGAGAAGAGUAUAACGUUCUUCAGCCAAUGUGCAACUCGAGUAGCCAGUAGGGCCGAGAUGUUGGGAGCCAUUAAUCAGGAAAGCCGGGUUAGUAAAGCAGUUGAAGUGAUGAUUCAGCAUGUAGAAAACUUGAAGAGAAUGUAUGCCAAAGAGCAUGCUGAAUUAGAAGAACUGAAACAGGUUCUCUUGCAGAAUGAAAGGUCUUUUAACCCUCUUGAAGAUGAAGAUGACUGCCAGAUUAAAAAACGUUCAGCUUCUCUGAACUCCAAGCCAUCUUCUCUACGAAGAGUGACUAUUGCUUCUUUACCCAGAAAUAUUGGAAAUGCAGCAAUGGUUGCUGGGAUGGAAAAUAAUGACAGAUUCAGCAGGAGGUCCAGCAGUUGGCGUAUUUUGGGGUCAAAGCAGAGUGAACACCGUCCCUCAUUACAUCGAUUUAUUAGCACCUAUUCCUGGGCAGAUGCUGAAGAUGAAAAAUGUGAACUGAAAACUAAAGAUGACUCAGAACCUCCUGAAGAAGAAAUAGUAGAAAGAACAAGGAAGACAAGCCUUUCUGAAAAGAAAACUAAUCCAUCAAAGUGGGACAUCUCUUCCAUUUAUGACACAAUAGCUUCCUGGGCAACAAAUCUCAAGACUUCCAUCAGGAAGGCUAACAAGGCCUUCUGGAUUUCUGUGGUGUUCAUUGUACUGUUUGCAGCUCUGAUGAGCUUCCUCACAGGCCGAUUUUUCCAAAAAUCUGUGGAUGCUGCCCCCACACAGGAAGGGGACUCCUGGCUAUCUCUAGAACAUAUCUUGUGGCCAUUUACCAGCCUCUGCCACAAUGGGCCACCACCAGUGUGACCAGUGAUCCAGUGACCAGUGAAUCACCAGUGUGAUGUAGUGCAUCCUGAUAUCUUGAUUUUUAAUGUUUCAGUAUCUGAACUUAAUAAAUUAGUAACUUUUAGUUGGGAAAGUAUAGUACAAAACCAGAGGUUCUUAGAACAACUGUAAAAUGUUUUACAUUCCCAUUUUUUGCAAUCACCCUCCCAACUAAACUAAAGGGAGGAGAAUUUGCCUAUAUUUUAAUGAGCUCUUU